CAUCCAUGUUUGACAGACUUUUACUGAAUUUCCAGCAAUUUUCAAAGCGUUGCCGAAUAUUCAGCAAUGUCGGCCGCCGCACAUUUUGACAGUACUUUGCUGAUAGAAUUCAGCAAAGGUCCGUCAGAUUACUGAAAUAUCAGUUGAGUGGGAAUUCUUUAUAUGGGUUUGAAAACACGUUUAAAAUUGAUCUUUUCUUAAGAUUUAUUUCAUCUUACCCUUAUUGCACAAAUAUGAGCAUUUUUAUUGUAAAAUGUGCCGCCAAAGUCCAUUCAAUGGCCGAGGAACAUAUGCCAAUGCCCUCUACCGUACAGUGAACUGAAAAAAAGAAGAUUAAUUGACUUCUAUUCACCAAAUAGUUCAUGUUCUACAGCACUCCCUCGAGCUCCGGAUCCACUUACAAAAUAAUUUUCUUCCCGGCAAAUCUUUACGCGUAAUAACCAAAUUGAUAACAAACUAUUUUUUUCAUUUUGACAGCCGCAAUGCAUGUCAGUCGAUGACAGAUACCGAAUAUUUAGCAAUGGAAGCAAAUGCUGAAUUUCCAGUACACUGUUAGAUAGCUUAAACACAUACAUAAGACAUACGUAACACUCAGGAAGAAAUCUUCCAAAAAAGUUGGUACAAAAUGAACUACUCGAAAGUACCAACCUCUGUAAAAAAAACCUCUGUUUGAGUUGUUUUUGAAGGCAGUGUACCUGCGCAGCCCUGCAUUUGUCUCGUUCCUACUCGAAAAAUGCUGCAUUGAUUUUGUAAAUAACUUUUUGACAGUUCCUUAUGGGAUUUUCUUUGGGACUCGAUAAGGCCGAGAAAAAGAAAAUUCAUUUUGUUCAUUAUUUAUCGAGCAGUUUGACAGGGCGAGGUACGGAGUACUAUGGGGCAACGUGUACCAGAAAAAAACGCCAGUGUUACGUAUGUCUUAUGUAUGUGGCUUAAAUUUCAGUAUACGGUUUUUAUUGUUGAAAUUCAGUAAAGAUUACUGAAUUUGGUCCUCGGGAGUUUGGCGUGUAACCUUAACUAUUUUUACCGUUUUCACGAAUCGACAUGUAAAUUCAUUUCAGCGUGCACUGUCACCGGUCGUACAAGAAUACAAAGGGAAAAGACGGAAAACAUACAGGCAAAAUUUUUAAAAAAUAGUAAAACAUUAAAUUAUCUCAGUACAAAUCACUUGAAUUUAAAAUAUGUUUCAUCUUGGUUACUGUGAAUAACUGUGCUUUAUCGAAGUGCAUUGAAAUGAAAAUGAAAAAUGAGCCCACUUCAACGAUGGGGAAGAAAGACGUUACGAUAAAGGUAGAGGAGAUCACGAUAUCCGAUAUGCUGGAAACGGUAUCGGUGCAAACAAGCACUAAUAAUGACGACCAUUCCGGUGAGCCGGCAGCAAUGACAACAGUUCCACCAAAGGGUCCAAAUGUUGUGAAACCAAUAAUAAGCAGCGUGGUUAAAUUGGAAACGCCGACAUCUGAAACUGCAUUGGUUGAUGGAAAAUUUGCCGGCUUCAAUUCCAGUGAUGCGAAGGAAUUGGAGACGAUUUCUACCGCCGUUGACGCUGACAGCUGUAAUAUCUGUGGCAAGCACUACGAUAACAAAAAAUCAUUGCGGAACCACUUCUAUCGUCACAAGCCAAAUGAAUAUGAGUGCGAUAUUUGCAGCAAAAAAUAUUACGACAAAUGCGCACUGAAGCGACACAUGAGAAUCCACAGCAACGAAACAAAUAGAAAAAAACGUCAUCUCGAGGUCCACACGAAAGUCCACAACGGCAAGCGACUGUUCGAAUGUGAAAUAUGCAGCAAAAAAUUCGUCAAAUUUAGCGUACUGAACUAUCACAUGACGAUUCACACCGGGAAUGAGCAAUUCGGAUGUGAAGUGUGUGGUAAACGCUUCUCUCUGAAAGGAAAUCUUACAUUACAUCGGAGAACGCACAGUACUGAUCGCCCGCACAGUUGCACAAUUUGCAAAAAGGAUUUCAUAUUCCGACACAAACUGAAAAUCCACAUGGCUACUCACACAGACAAGCGACUUUUCAAGUGCGAAAUCUGUGGCGCCUCAUUGAAAACUCCACAAACCCUUGAAAAACACUUGCAAUCACACAGCUUACCGCAUCUCCACCAGUGUGCGAUUUGUGGGAAAGAAUUCCCAUACCGUCAUCGGCUGGUAUUGCACAUGGCCACCCACACAGUGGAGCGUCCCUUCAAAUGUGAUAUCUGUGGUUCAUCGUACAAGUCGCUCAAUGCACUGAAGGCACACCAAAAGAGACGCACCUGUACCCCCGCGUAGUCUCUCUUGAAUGUGAUCAAUGCGGGAAACAGUUCGCCACCCGUCACGGUCUCGGGUCUCACAGGAAGAUUGAUUAAAAUAUGAAUUGGAAGAAGCUUCGUAAUUGAUGAUUGGCUUGUCAAAAAUUCAACCACCAAAAAUAAAUAUAACAAACCGUGGAUUGCCUUCUUUUGGUCAUGCUGUCAUCCUGGAAUGCAGUUUUCAAAUUCUUCCAAUUUACUUGCUUGAUCCUGAGGUAGAUGUAAGGAAGUGCAGCUGUGACUGUGCACUUAAUAAGAAAAACAUGUCUGAUUUGUAGCAACUGUUAGAGUGGAUUUUAUUUGCGUUAGUUAAUGAAUAUUUUUUGUAUGUAACGAAUCGACUAAGACCAUUUGUAUCACUUAUCAAUUUUCGUUUGUUAUUAAUUUUCGCCUUAGAUGCUUUUGCGUUUUUUCGUGCGCCC